AGGGGUUGGAACAGCAGCUUUGCAGCCCAGGGUGUGUGGUGGUGAGGCUGGAACGGGGCUGUGCCAGCUCCAAAGCUUUUCCUGAGCAAGCAGGUUUGUGAACCUGAACUGCAUUUGCCCUGCGAGCAGCAAGGUGACAGCAGCCAGCACAGCUCAGCGCCGGACCCGGGGUGACCUGUCUGCCAUGGAGGGACCUGUGCCCAUCCAGGACACCAUGGCAAGCGACACAGAGCCCUCCAACACCAUCAAACUGCUGCACCUGCUGUUCCUCUCCACCUCCUGGGGAAUGCAGGUCUGGGUGACCUUCGUGGCCGGGUUUGUGAUGAGCAGGCACCUCCCUCGCCAUACCUUCAGCUCCAUCCAGCGCCAGCUCUUCCCCUACUACUUCCACAUCAGCUCCACUUGUGCCUUCCUCAACCUGACCCUGUUUGCCAUGUCCCACCCCAGCGAGCGGCUCGGCGAGGAGCACACGGCCCAGAUCAUCAUCUUCCUCACCUGCAUCGCCGCCUCCGUGCUGAACGCGGCGUGGUUCGGGCCGGUCACCUCCGAGGCGGCGGCCGAGCUGCAGCGGGUGGAGAGCAGCCACGGGCUGGGCCAGGAGCCGGGGCAGGCGGCCAGCGAGCCCCGCCGGCGGCUCCGGGCCUCCGACCCCGGCUACCGACAGCUGGCCCGGCGCUUCGGCCUGCACCACGGCCUGUGCUCCCUCUGCAACCUGCUGUGCAUCGCCUGCAACGGGCUGAGCCUGCAGCGCCUGGCUGCCCAGAUCACUGCCCUGUGACAGACACUGCCAGGGGACAGCUGGCCCUGCACCACGGCCUGUGCUCCCUCUGCAACCUGCUGUGCCUCCUGUGCAACGGGCUGAGCCUGCAGCGCCUGGCUGCCCAGAUCACUGCCCUGUGACAGGGACACUGCCAGGGGACAGCUGGCCCUGCCACCCUGCACCACGGCCUGUGCUCCCUCUGCAACCUGCUGUGCAUCGCCUGCAACGGGCUGAGCCUGCAGCGCCUGGCUGCCCAGCUGGCUGCCCUGUGACAGGGACACUGCCAGGGGACAGCUGGCCCUGCCACCCUGCACCACGGCCUGUGCUCCCUCUGCAACCCGCUGUGCAUCGCCUGCAACGGGCUGAGCCUGCAGCGCCUGGCUGCCCAGAUCACUGCCCUGUGACAGACACUGCCAGGGGACAGCUGGCCCUGCCACCCUGCACCACGGCCUGUGCUCCCUCUGCAACCCGCUGUGCAUCGCCUGCAACGGGCUGAGCCUGCAGCGCCUGGCUGCCCAGCUGGCUGCCCUGUGACAGACACUGCCAGGGGACAGCUGGCCCUGCCACCCUGCACCACGGCCUGUGCUCCCUCUGCAACCUGCUGUGCAUCGCCUGCAACGGGCUGAGCCUGCAGCGCCUGGCUGCCCAGCUGGCUGCCCUGUGACAGGGACACUGCCAGGGGACAGCUGGCCCUGCCACCCUGCACCACGGCCUGUGCUCCCUCUGCAACCUGCUGUGCCUCCUGUGCAACGGGCUGAGCCUGCAGCGCCUGGCUGCCCAGAUCACUGCCCUGUGACAGACACUGCCAGGGGACAGCUGGCCCUGCCACCCUGCACCACGGCCUGUGCUCCCUCUGCAACCUGCUGUGCAUCGCCUGCAACGGGCUGAGCCUGCAGCGCCUGGCUGCCCAGAUCACUGCCCUGUGACAGACACUGCCAGGGGACAGCUGGCCCUGCUGCAGAGCACCCCCGAGCUCUGGGCACUGAACUGCAGCAGCCUCAGUGGAGAUGCUGUGCUCCUGCACCGUGCAGGAAUUCAGGAAUAGUGAAAUGGAAAUGUUUUCUCUAGGGCUGCCUGCAGCCAGCCUCUGUGAUUGAAGCAGGAGUGUUUUAUGGCUGAACAGCUUUCUAAUGCCCCGUGCAGUAGCUGUGUCUGAAGCUGCAGUGUAUUCCUGCAGUCACAGAGAGACUGCAGGAGAGAAAGAAAUGAGAGACUGAAAAUUACUUCUAAUUAAAAGCCAAGCACUAAUACAGAAGUGCAAAGACCCUGUAUGUUGGCUGUGCCAGUUAAUGUAAUGGAUAAGGGUGUUAUGUUGGGGUUUACAAUCAGUGCCUGUCAUUCUCUGGUAUUCCACAAGGUGAGAAAAAAAAGUCUCAUUCAUUAGGCAGAAGUCUGUUUACUUAAAAUAGCCAUGUUUAUUCCAGGUUCUGUAGGACAUUCAGCAAGGUAUCAAAAGGGUCAGUCAAACACUGCUCCAAACAAAGAGCUCUGCUGUACCCUGGCCAGCAGCACGGCCAAGCAGUGACAAAACAGCAGCUGCUGAGUCCCAGGCAGGAACCUGACUGCAUCCACCCCUCUGCAGCAGGCAGGUAUCUCCCCAGGCCACUGCUGUUAAACCCCAGCAGCAACAGCCCACCUCUGAGCAAAUCUGUGAUUCUUCUCAGGUAAGGAAGAACAUUCCCAGCUGCUGUUAUACUGCAACCACAGCCAGUGUUUGGCACUGCUUCAGGUUUAUUUCAAAACCACAUGCAGCCUAUCAUAGAGGAGACCUUCUGCAAGCCAGCUGGGUUCCCUUUUAAACAAAUAAUCCCCUCAUGUUAGCCCUUCCUCCUCCUAUGCUGCUCCCCUGGAAACUUCCCUGUGUGCCAAGAUUAUUUUCCUCCCCUGAAGAGUGCAAGGUAGAAGCUGGAGCUGGGCUAACAAACAGCAGCCUCUUGCACAGGAUCCCUUGUUUCUUUCUUGCUCAUUACAGCCGAUGCACUUUCUUGCCAGAGAAGUAUUUCUUAGAGAAAGGAGAAAGCUUGGCAAAUACCAAAACUGUCGGGGUCCCAGCCUUUACAAAAUACCUGCAAAGAUUAAAAGGAGUCCUUGGCUUCCUUGUAGCUGGCCCAGUGUCCUGCAAAGCAAGAGACUCCAGCCCAGCUCCAUAAAGACUGACCUCCCAAAGGCUGGUGACGAGCUUUUGUGCUGAUUAGCAGAGCCUCUCUGGAGCCAGGGCUAAGCACAUCUGAGGAGGAGUGUUUUAUGAAUCAACUCGUCCCCCAACAGCUUCUUUUAAUUAAGGCAGCUGUUAUUCUCCCUCUGGAAGGAGGGCUCUUUUGCAACUGCCCUUACAGCCUGAAAUCUGAGGGCUUAUGGACACUGCAGAGUUUUAUGGAGUGACAGAGAUCCUGCUCCCACAGACCGAGCCCCCCUCGCUGUGCAGCAGCUCCAGCCAGCUACGAGACUGCAACUCAACAGCACAGCCUGCACAGGAACUUUCUGGCUUCACAAACAGCAAAUUCUUCCCUCUCAGUAGCAGCAGAACUCUUCAGAGGCAGUUUCAGAGCAGAACAGUGCUGCAUGCUGUGCCAGGGGCUGCUCACGCAGCAGUACGAACAGCGAGAGCAUUGUUAACCUUCAACAUGUUCUUUACAGGCUGCUGCCUGGUUUCGUUUUUUUUUUUUUUUUUUAAAGUAGUAUUGUGUAGAUGGGAUCUGGAAUAGCCCUUCUGUGCUGCUCAGCUCUGCCCAGCUCCCUUUCCCAUCUCCAUCCCCGGAAAACUGUUCAUUUUUUGGGGGGUAAAACAUAUGUAAGUUGCUAAAGCCAGGCACAAAAUCCAUGCAGCUUUAUACCUUCAAGAGGCAGGACUAUCAAACUCAGAGAAAAGUUAGAACUAUUUAAGAACAAACUGGACUUAAAGCUCAUACUUUUUGCCUUUUUUCCCCUGGACAUGGACAGGUACAGCCUCACCUUUCGUGCUGCAGCACUUGUAGUAAUGUGUGCUCUGGGUUCACCUCAUACAUUUCUUCUCUCUCUUCAUCUUCAAAAUAGAGCUGGAAAAAAAUUGGGGGGUUUAUUAAAUGCCUAAGGUACAUGAAGGAAAGCACUAAGGUGCUGAAAGACUAGUACAGCACACCAUUAUCAGCUGGGGGUUUAUCAGACCUCUGUACCUUGACCUGACUGUCAGAUGCAAAAUUCAGCAAUGCAGAAAUUGCUUUGUGUGAAUUCCAAGUUUUCUCUCUAUAAACCAGCUCAGGUUCUCCUGGCAGGAGCAGCAGGAAGGCAAAAUAGACUGGCUGUUCCCAUGCUUCACAGGCAAUCAAUCCAAAUCUAAGGGCUGCUUUAUAGCAGGUGAAAUUCAGCAAUGUUAUGAGAUAACUGAGUGGGUUUAGAGGUAUUUGAACAAAACAGAGUUGAUUUAAGAGAUUAAAAUCCAGCAAUGGUGCCUUAGGCUGUAAAUACAUACAGGAUUUAACCUGGAAAAGUACACAGCCACUGUCCUUCUGGACCUGUCUGCUCACUGUACACAGGGUUGUGCUGCUGCCUGGCACAGAUGACAAUGAAGUGGGAAAUGAAAAAUAAACAUUCAUAUCCUUCUAUGUACAACUUCAGAAAAAUCUCAAAACCUGCUGCAGCCACAACCAACUCAUAGCCCACCUUUGCUGAAGUGCUAAUAGAGAUAUAUUAUCUUGAUCUGAUUAUGUGCUUAAGUAACUCCACUUAGUUCUGAAAAUAAAUUAUUUUAAAAAUAA